UCCGACACAUAGUGGGAGAGACUCUGCCCAGCGCAGUUCAGCCAGCAGCGACGCACACACAUACACCCAAAUACGCUAUUGGCCGACCGACUUCUGACUUUAAACAAUGCAGAGCAGGCCAAAAAAGUUGGAAACUGUAUCUUUAGGCACGGGACUGGCUGGGACAGCAGCUGUGAGCCCACGUUCAUGUGUUGGUUCCCCUGCAUUCCUAAGGAAAGUCAUCUGAAGAGCUGGGAGAAGACGCCAACAGUCCGACUGCGGUGCCAUUAGAGGAAAUCCAUUAAUCUUUUAUACAUAUCGGAUUUACCACAGCUGGAACAUCAGUUUAGCUUUCGUUUUAGGACAGAUUUACUGUUUAAGGCUCCAUAGGCUACAGUUUGGAACCUACUUUUCGAGGCGUUGGAUCUGUUUUACGCACGGGAUUUUCUAAACAAAUGAAAACCUGCGAUUGCUCCUCAGCUUUCUACCUUCACCCUCUCAGGUCAUUUUACCACACUGACCCAACUCAUCAUCACCCGCUACACCAGCUUUGACGAAGGCGACUGAAAAGCGUCCCUCCGUGCAUCCAAACGCACCGGCGUGCGGCUGAGAAUGCGUGGAGGAGGUUUCCCGAUGUCUGUCCCCGUGGUUAUGACUCUGCUUUUGGUCGUCAUUGACGUGAAGGCCAGCGGGGAGUACUGCCACGGCUGGCGAGACCCCCAGGGAGCCUGGAAGGACGGGUUCCAGUGUCCGGAAAAGAUCGAUGGGGAGGACGCGAUCAUCUGCUGUGGGAAGUGCGAGCUGCGCUACUGCUGUGCCAGCACGGAGGCGCGGCUGGAUCAGGGCAGCUGCGACAACGACAAGCAGGCAGAGGUGCCGGGGACGGAGAGCAAAGAGGACAAGGACUCCCGUGCAGUGCCGAUCUACGUGCCCUUCCUGAUCGUGGGAUCUGUGUUUGUGGCCUUCAUCCUGGUGGGUUCUGUGGUCGCUGUGUGCUGCUGCCGCUGCCUCAGACCGAAGCAGGAACUCUCCUCUGCAAGUGCCACAGGAAGCGGAACUACGGGCGGGCGCCUCCUGGAAACCAUCCCAAUGAUGGCAAACAGCUCCAGGGGCUCCUCGUCCCGUCAGUCCAGCACGGCCACCUCAUCCAGCUCUUCAGCUCCGCCUGCUGGGGCCCGCACUGGUCCCCCUCAGCUAAUGCGGGCUCAAGCCUCCUGCUGUCUGCCCCCUGAUGCCAGUGUCUUCGUCAACAUGCCGACCAACUUCUCAGUUCUCAACUGCCAGCAGGCCACCCAGAUCAUGUCCCAUCAGUCACAGUUCAUGCACCCACAGUACAUCGGCUACGCCCACCCUGUGUCCUCUACGGCAGCCUUUUUAGACCACAGCCAGGGGGGAUACAGACCCCUCCAGUCCCCCUGUCCUCCUCCAACAGCAGGAUCCAGUGACAAUAAAUGCCCUCCAAUGACAGUGUGAUGAGGGGGCUAACCUGCAGACCACUCUGCACUUUGUUGGAGCAGGGACGUAUGGGCUCACUUCCAAAGUGGAGAAAAGAAAAAUAAAUCAAGGAGUCCAACUCACAUGAAAGACUUUUAAAGUUGUUCCCAGUCUAGAUCUGCCCUGCUAUUGUGUGUGGUGUGGUGUUUCAUAUGAUCUCUUGGCAAAGUGUCACUGAGCUAAGCUCAACCCGUGAUGGGGGUUUAUGAAUCCAUAAACAAUUCUCUGCAAACUGAAUGUUUUAGGGUUUACCACAGGCCAGGUGGAUAACAAUGCACAGUUCAAUGCAGUACAACAUGCAGCUCAAAUCAACUCUGCAUAUGUUUCUGUGUGCAAGGACCUGUAUGCAAAGUGUGAAAAGAGAUUUGCUGGCUUAUAUGUGCAGGAAUGAGUGACGACUGUUUGAUUUAUAGUAUGAAAAAUGGAUCUUUGAGCAAAAAAAGAACAAGACCACAUGCUUUGUUUAAGCUCCAUGCACAUCUGUGGCUGUGAAUAAAUGCGAGUGAGUUUAGACAACAAGGUGUAGUUUGUUUGUGUUGAAAGCGUGAGGAGAGAAAGCAUGUGGAUAGACAUUUAGUGUGAGUAUGAAGCAUAGACGGAUGUGGUUUUAUACGAGUAACUGUGAGUGAACUGGGUGUAAUGGGAAAUGCAGGUGGUGUGAUGUGUAAGGCUGUUGCAAUCUCCCAGCAGACCAUUUAAAAUCUAAUGAAGUGAACACGGGACGCAGACUGUGACGCUCCACCCAAAUAUACCAGUACCCCCCACCCCUUUAGUCCACCACCCAGAAAGAGAAAACAUCCCCGAGCGGAAACACACUCACAGACCCCCAAAUGUGGCAGUAUUCACACAAAGCUGGUGGUUAAUGUUCCCUGGAAGUGUUACUGUGACAUGAGCAAGAGUGGAAAUACACAGCAAGGAAUCUGAAAGCCUAACCCCUUCAAUUAUUUCCUGUGAGAGGCCGUGGUAACUUUUGAUAUGGGCCACAGGGAGACUAAAGCAUAGAGGCUUUGUAAAGGAUUGCACUGCAUUUUACCCUUCCUCAUAAUGUAAUUUUCUCUAUUUAAAUGUUUGGGGGUAAUUCAAGAGCCGGCAAUGGUGAGAGGUGUUUGUGACAAACGCCGCACAGUUCAGUGAACUUGCAGCAGCAGGAGCAAGAGUAGCUCCAGGCCAGGUUUGAGUCACAGUUUUCCACUUGAAAAAAAAAGGCACGGAAGGGGCAGUUAUUGGCUGCGAAUUAGGAAAAAUAAACAAAACUUGCUUAAUUUCCAGCCAUUCUGUGCAAGGUCAUGCAACAAGGUCUGGGGAACAUGCGUUUCAUGAGAACGUGCAACUACACCGAGUGUACCGUGUUUGUGGACCUCAGCUCUAAUCCAAGCACAUUGUAAGAUUCAGUGGGAAGCUUCUGUGAGACAAACGGUGGAUUCAUUAUAGGUCUCUCUGAAAUAAUAUAUAAAGCAGGGGGAGAUGACACUUUUUCAUAUGAAUUUGAAAAAUAAACAUUUUAAAACUGAA